UGACGGCUGUUGAUUGGUUCUCAGCCGUAUCCGGUGGGGCAGCGGUCCAGGGCUCGGGAAAAAAAUCGAAGCGAGGAGGAUCUGGUAACGGUACGCUUUGAAAAAUAUCAUCCAUCCCGAGUCGCUACCGAAGGGCUCGGCAAGAAUUUACAGUUUCUUAACAAAGGUUAGAGGCCACAGAGCAGGGUUGCAGUUGUCGUCAUGGCAUCUGGAAGUACGAGCAGUGAGGAGGAGCGGAGCCUGAGGGAGUGUGAGCAGUACGUGCAGAAACACAACAUUCAACAGCUGCUGAAGGACUGCAUUGUCCAGCUGUGCACCUCCAGGCCAGACAGGCCCAUGGCUUUCCUCAGGGAAUACUUCGAGAGGCUGGAGAAGGAGGAGGCCAAGCAGAUUCAGAACCAACAGAAGGCCAGCAAUUCCCGUUCAGACUCACGUGAUGAGGAGGUGUCUCCACCUAUGAACCCUGUGGUAAAGGGUCGCCGGCGGAGAGGAGCCUUCAGUGCAGAGGUUUACACAGAGGAGGAUGCAGCCUCAUAUGUCAGAAAGGUCAUUCCAAAAGACUACAAGACGAUGGCAGCGUUGGCCAAAGCUAUCGAAAAGAAUGUGCUCUUCUCACACCUGGAUGACAACGAGAGGAGUGACAUUUUUGAUGCAAUGUUUCCAGUCACCUACAUCGCUGGGGAAACGGUUAUUCUGCAGGGUGACGAAGGUGACAAUUUCUAUGUUAUCGACCAAGGGGAGAUGGAUGUGUAUGUGAACAAUGAGUGGGUGACCAGCAUUGGAGAAGGCGGUAGCUUCGGAGAGUUAGCCCUGAUCUACGGCACUCCAAGGGCGGCCACAGUCAGAGCCAAAACCAAUGUCAAGCUGUGGGGCAUCGACAGAGACAGCUACAGGAGAAUACUUAUGGGAAGCACUUUGAGAAAGAGGAAGAUGUAUGAGGAAUUCCUCAGGAAAGUGUCCAUUUUGGAGUCUCUUGACAAAUGGGAGCGUCUGACAGUCGCUGAUGCCUUGGAGCCCGUCCAGUUUGAGGAUGGACAGAAGAUUGUCGUGCAGGGAGAGCCUGGAGAUGAGUUCUUCAUCAUCUUGGAGGGUUCUGCAGCUGUGUUGCAGCGUCGCUCAGAGAACGAGGAAUUUGUGGAAGUGGGGAGAUUAGGACCAUCUGACUACUUUGGUGAGAUUGCUCUGUUGAUGAACCGUCCCCGUGCUGCCACCGUGGUCGCCCGCGGCCCCCUGAAGUGUGUCAAGCUCGACCGGCCUCGCUUCGAGCGCGUCCUGGGUCCCUGUUCAGACAUUCUCAAACGUAACAUCCAACAGUACAACAGCUUCGUCUCGCUGUCUGUCUGAAGGGGGGCACCCCUCCUUCUCCCUCCCUCCACCCCUCUCCCUUCUCCUCUCCUUUUAGACCCAGGGUCCACCAAUGCAAUUUGCUUUUUGUCACUUUCUUCUUCUUUCUGUUCACUUUUUUUCUUCCCCCUCUUUGUUUUACACACACACACACACACAGAUCAUUUUGUUGUUAUCACCCGUCAGGCAGAGGUGACUUUUAGCCAUUCACCAGCGCUUGUACCAGCUGCUGUACGCUACCUUGUAGGCACAGUUACAUCACAUGUUACCUAUGUUAUAUAUGUAUUUGCUGGUUACGCUUUCUUUUUGACUUAAACACAAAGCGGGAUUGUUAGGAGAUCUCAAAAACAUUUGGGUCUCAGACUGAUGAGACAGGACAAUCAAACUUUACAAUGGCGCUUUUGGUGAAUUUGUUACGGAUUUAUGUUGUAGAUUGAAGCGAAGAGGAAUGCUUCUUCCCCGUUUAAGAGUUUCCUUUCUGACAUCAGUUAGCCCGAUUAGAUGAACAGCGUAGAGCAGAACCUAGAAACUAGAGAAGGCAGGAAGAAUAUGACUGCUUCAACUUUUGUUUAUUUUUAGGUUUCAGCUGUGUUGAUGCUCCAUUUGUUAUUUUUGGUUACCUUACCUGAUUGGUAUGAUGAGAUGAUGAUUUUGCUUAAUUUGAGAGAGCUUGUGCAACUUAAGGUUUUUAUUUAAUUGUGCAGCUACCAGGCUAGUGCCAAAUGUUGAUUAUUGUCACAACGCAAAGAUGCAUAGCCGUGGAAAUGCAGUGCGCGUUCUGUUCCCUGACUAUUUGGAGUUCCAAACAGGAAGUAGUUAUUACCCUUAUUGUCCUCUUAAUCGGUAGAUUGACCAUACAAGAACUGCCUUGACUACUCUGAGGAAAAAAAACAAAAAAAAGAAAGGGAAAAAAAAAAACAAGAGUAUUAAGUGUAUUUCAGUAUUCAAUUUUUUAGUAUAUACCAAAUAACUUCACUCUUCUGCUAUGGUUUGUAAUCAAAAUGUUAUCAUAGUAUAGUUAAAACGAUCAUAGUUCUAUUAUUAUCAUUGACUAAAUGAUAAACUUAUGGUUUGGAGUGAUGGUGAUUUUAAAAAAUAUGUUUAACUGUCUUUUGUAAACACUUAUUUUUCCAUAAAUUCUAUUUUAGGUGUCCAGUGCCACAAAGUAAAUAAAUGCUUCUUCUUGUCAACUGACAAAACAGUAUGUAAUUGUAUUGUGUAAAACGUCAUGGGUUAAAACUUUUUAAAAUAGAUCAAAAGGGUAACUACUGGUUUAUUGAAGUGAAGUCUUGGAAAAAAAAAAAAAAUAAAUAAAGAGAUGGUUUAUGGAUUUUUAGGACAUCUGAAGUAUUUAUGCAUCAAAGCAUCACAGGUGAGCUGACAGGCAGAGCGAGCAGGUAUUUAUUUAAAAUUAGUGUCAUUGCUUAUUGCCUAUUUGAAAAGGUGGCUGUCUUCUCAUCAGAGUAGCUUGUGAUCUGUUCUCUAUGCUUACUUGGAAUGAUGUUUUAGGCAUCCAGUGAUCCGGUAUGAAUGGAAGCGUGAAUUUAAAAACCAUGCCCUGCAGCUGCGUGCAGAAGCAGGUCAGAUAUCUGGUUUGUUACUCCCUAGCUUAACUGCUUCAUGACUAGUUAGAUGACAUAAAAUGUUAAGUCUGUCGUUUCUUUUCUUUUCUUUUCUUUACUUUUUUUUUUUAAAAGAUCUUUACCAAAUCACACAAUGUUGACUUAUGGAUUAUAGACUUAACUCUUCAUUCCUGCCUCACUGUCUGUUACCAGUUUCUGUUUUGUCUCAUUCAAAGCACUUGAAUGCGCUUAGAAUUGAGAUGUAUGUUUGUACGUCUAUGAAGAUUUGAUUUUGGUGCCGAUUGCAGGGUAGUCAGGUUAGUGAGAAGAGUUUUUGUGAAUGGACAUGAGUGUAUUUUUCUUUACAGUUAAAUCAAGCAUCUUCAUCUGUUCCCCCUAACCCUCAGGUUGUCCUUGUGGAUGUGGUUACAUGUGGAUUUCUUGUCCAUUGGCAACACAUCCUGUUUAUCCUGAUCCACAGGAAAUGACUCCGUUAGGGGCGAGGGUUCGAUUCACCUUUUUGUCGAAAUAUUGUUUUCAUGUAAAUAGCAGCAGCAUCGGUUUUAUUCCAAAAUGUUUUUAGCCACACUGCAAUUGUCCCGGUUUGCCUUAGCUUACCUAACCUGGGCUUACAGUAGUAGUUGGUCACUCCUGCUAGCCCGACCUUCAGUGAGUUUGUUAGUCCUGCAGCGCAAGAGAGCUGCAGGCGAUCAGAGGACCAUUCUUUUUGUAUUCUACCCUGUAUUCAGUUUGACCUCCUGUAUGUGCAAAGAUGUUUCUCCUUUUGGUAUAGAUUGUUCCAGAUGGCAGUUUAAGCAAUAAAAAAGUAAAAAUGA